AUGUCUACCAAGUCUAUCACCUUCUAUGACAUCGCCAUGCGGCCCCCAGUAGAGAAAAGCUGCUGCUCACCCAACCCCUGGAAAGCCCGAAUGGCACUCAACUUCAAGGGUAUCCCAUAUUCCACCACAUGGGUGCCUCUGCCUGACGUUGCCAAGGUUCGCAACAGUCUCAAAGUACCCGCCUGUCGCAAGUUUGCCGAUGGAACCGACUUUUUCACUCUACCGAUCAUCGAAGAUCCCAACACCAAUUCAUCGGUCGGAGAUUCCUUUGAUAUCGCAGUCCAUCUACAGCAGACGUAUCCGGACUCUGGCGCGGGUGACCUUUUCCCUCCUCAGACCAUCGAUUAUGUCUUCAAGCCAGAGAAUCCGAUCAUGAUACCACUGUCAGAAAUCCCCGAGAGCCCAUUCCCUGAAUACGCCAAGUUCAAUGUGAAUGUCGACGCAGCCUUUACCUCGCAUGUGCAACUUGGAGUGCAGAAUCUCCCAUUCGACCCCGCUACUGCCGAGAUCAGUAAAGCGGAGUUCGCGCGGCGCGGGGGUGUGAAGAGCUGGGAUGAUUUUGCAAUCUCAGGCGAGCCACGGGAGAAAUUGAAGGAAUCUUUCCGGAAUACGCUGGGUGAAUUGGGUAAGCUUUUCUUGAAGGACACGAGUGGACCCUUCAUACUCGGUAGCAAGGCCAGCUAUGCGGACUUGAUUGUUGGUGGGUGGCUGCGGAACAUGCGCGCCACGCUACCGGAGGGUGACUGGGAGGAUGUGAGGAACUGGCAUGAUGGUCUUUUUGGGCGGAUAUAUGAUGCAUUGGAGGUACAUGCGGAGGUGAAAUAG